AUGGAAUUUCCAACCAAUUCCUUUCUGCAAGACACCAAUAGCUCUUCGUCUUCCGAUAAUGACACGCUUGAAUUUUUCGAGAAGGCGUAUAACGAACUUGAAGGUUCGAACCGCCCAAAGAAGAAAAUGGUGGAUCGUGAUCGUAUACAUGCCAACGAAGUGUUAAUAGAGGAUUAUUUUGUGGAGAAUCCGGUCUACAAUGCUGAAAUGUUUAGAGAUCAUUUUCGUUUACCAAAAGAUUUAUUUUUAAAGAUUGUAGGAUACAUCGAAGUAAGCAAAGAAUGGUUUCAAGAAUAUUACGACGGGAUGGGCAAACGAAGUUUCACGCCGACACAAAAAUUCACAUCCGCCAUUCGCCAACUAGCGAUAAGUAACCCUCCCCAUCAAUUUGAUGAAUACUUAGCUAUGUCGGACAGAACUUCACGUGAAUGUUUGCAAUUCUUUUGUCAUGUGAUCAUUAAAUUGUAUGCCAAAGAGUUUCUACGUAAACCCACGAGACACGACAUCGCAUGUAUUUACGCCGCGCAUGAGGCUAGAUGGCAUCUCGAAUGGAGAAAUUGUCCAAGAGAGUUGCGAGUGGCGUAUUUUAGGGUGACGUUAAAAGACCAACCAUCAUAUUUGAAGCGGUAA